AUGAAAUUUUCAAGUUUAAUUUUAGUAUUUUUCUACUAUAUUAUAGUUUUAGUGAAUAUUUCCGAACAACAACAAUUACCCAAUAGCACAACGGUUUCAAUAUGUAAUUUCACGGCAUGUAACUCUCAACAGACACUAUGUUCAUCCAAUCGUGAUUGCGAAUGUUUUUCGUUGACGAUAAAGCCAAGUGUAGGAAUUUGUGCUUUAGCCGUGUUGCGUUGUACCGAUGUUGUCCGAUGCAAUACAGAUAAUCGAACAUGUCCGAUUGAAAAUACAGUUUGUGUGAACAGUACACGUUGUAGUCAACCAGUCUGUUAUCCACUAGCAUUAGCAAAUAAACUUGUUUGUCCAGCUGCGACAACGACAACAACAGUACGAACCACCACAACAACAGCACGAACCAUAACAACGACACAUACAGGAGGCCUUACAAAUACAACACCAUCUGCAACAGGAGGCUUUUGUAGUACUGUUUGUUGUAAUGGUGGUAAUGUUAAUGGUACUACUUGUCUUUAUGAUCGAAGUAAUGGUACUUGUUUUAUUACUGGUGCUGAUGCUGGUUAUUUCAUUCGUGGUGAUGGUGGUUCUCUCGAUAAUAAUAUUGCUUAUCAACCUUGUCCUUGA